AUGACUUCUCCUAUCGAACGGGUCUCUAAUGGCCGAAUGGCCCAUGCUAACAUUGAGCCCGCCGGAGCCGCCGCCCUAACGCCGCCCUCCGGAUCACGGAGCGUUGCGACUUCGCCCGCUCCUGCCUCGCUUCCUGGGUCCUCCCCGUCGGAGAAGAGGACCCGUCCGCCUGGUCCAUCCUCGCCUGUGCCUGGUGCCCGCUCUUUGCCCCUUCGCCCUGCACCGGCUCCGCCGUUUGAUGACAAGUGCGAGUACGCUUCGGAUGACGUCCUUCUUUCCUGGAAACUUCCGUCUGUGUUCUCGCAAUUGACUCCUUCAGCUUUUGACGUACUGGGGGUACGUUAUUCAUGUGGUGAGCAAUUUAUGAUGUCUGAAAAAGCGAAGUUGUUUGGAGAUAUGACGUCGUAUGACAAAAUUAUGGCUGCAACAGAUCCUAUGACACACAAGGUUUUAGGUCGAAAUGUGCGUCCUUUCGACUAUGCUGAAUGGGAGCGUCGUCGUGAAGAGAUCGUGCUUACGGGGUCGUACGCCAAAUUUGCUCAAAGCCAUGACAUGAAGCAUCAUCUACUGGAGACGGGUACCCGCCUCCUUGUAGAAGCCAGCCCCUUCGAUCGUGUUUGGGGUAUCGGCAUGUCUGCAUGCUUUCCAGAUACUAACGUUUCAUCCAAGUGGGCGGCUAGCGGUAAAAACUUGUUGGGAAAAACUUUGAUGGAAGUUCGACGCCUUCUGCGUGAUCAUCCCCUGUCUGGCGAAGAUUUCCCCGCUUCCAAUUCUCCCACGCCCCCCAUUCGCAGCCUCUUCUCCAUGGACAUCGACACAUUCAUGAGGUUGCUACUGCGACAGGUCCCGGGCAUGGUCAAGGUUGUCAAAACGUUGUUAAGCGAACUCGCUCGCCCCCCGAUUUUGGCCUUCCCGGAUUGGGCAGCAUUCGAGGACAACAGCCGUCCUCUUGGUUUGUGUUCCGACGCGUGCAUCGACGGUUUUGGCGCUUCCUUGGAACAAGAACAGCUCGAUGGCUCGGUGAGACCCAUCAUGUACAUCAGCCGCGCUACUCUUGCUGCGGAGCGCAACUGGACCGUUUUGGAUCUGGAGGCUGGUGGCAUUGUUUGGGCCAUCAAACGCAAUCGCGGGUAUCUGUGGUCGACCAGGUUCAUCAUCUAUCUGGACCACAAAGCCUUGGAGAGGAUCGGCAAGGUUGGGGAACACAACGCUAGGGUGCAACGAUGGCUGGAAUUCCUGUCCAACUUCACCUACACCCUGAAAUAUCGGAAAGAUGAUGUGCCUGUAUUGGCGGCCAAAACCAGACUGCACACGACCGAUGACAACAUCACCCUCCUCGUACAUAAAUCGGCGACGUCGCCGGUUGGGCGCUCUGGCGACAGGACCACUCGUCUGCCGGAUACUGGCGUGCCCCGCGUCUACGUGCCAAUGCUGAUGCGUCCGUGGGUCCUUCAUGCAUGCCAUACGGCCGCGUCAUUCCAUCUCGGCGUCCAUCGUACACAGCGUCUGCUCGAGCGCUUCUACUGGUGGAUUGGUUUGGAUCGUUCCGUGCGCUGGUGGCUUCGGGCGUGUUUGGUGUGUCAAGCUCGCAAGGUUUCACGUCAGACUGCUCGGUGGCCCGUCAUCGCUAUGCCAUUGCCGCAGGGGCCUGGUAUGGUCGUCGGCGUCGACUUCUUCGGACCUCUGCCAGUGACUGCCAAGGGCAACUCCUACAUUUUGUUGUUCACAGACCGUUUCAGUCGGAGAGCCGACAUGUUCGCAGUUACAGCGGCGGAAUUCACGGCGAGAGGGACUGCUCACAUGUUCGUCAACCAGUACAUGACCAAGUGGGGAUGUCCGACUACGUUGUUGUCGGACAACGGACUGCAUUUCUGCUCGAAGCUCUCCAUGGCGAUCUACGAGGUGAUGAAGAUCAAGAAGGUCACCACCAGCUCCUACCACCCACAGACCAACUGCGGCACGCAACGCGUCAACCACAGGAUGGCCCAGAUGCUUGCGGUGGUCGUCAACGAACAGCAAAACGAUUGGGACAUACAUCUCCCGCACGUUGAGUUUGCCUACGACAAUUCCGUGAACCAGUCUACUGGAUUAGCGCCAAACGAGAUCCACAUCGGACGCAUCCCGCGACUCCCGCUUUCGGUCUUCGAUCAUCCCACAGUAGGUGGUCAUCAAAGCUUGGCCCUCGAUCAGCUCGAGUAUUGCAACCUGGCUGUCGAUCGCCAGCGCCGGGCCUACGAACUUGUCCGUGAGUACAAUGCGCUGAAGAUUUCGCGAGUCGAACGCCGAAAUUCAUCCCUGCUGGCCGCCAUUCACAAGCUCCCUCAAAUUCCCGUGGUCGGGUGGGCUUGGGUGUACAACACGGCUGCUACAAUUCGACAGGGUGUGCAGAAGGACACGGACCAACAAGUGCUCAAGGCCAAAUUCGCACUUUCCUGGACGGGGCCGUACAAAGUUCUUGCGGUGGGUCCCACCUCUGCCGACGCCACUCCGGACGGCCGCCCGUUGACGCGUAAACUCCUCUACCUGGACCUGCCUUCCGAUCUUUCCGGCCCGGCAGCUCGUUGUCGCGUGUCUGUCCUUCGUUGCAAGCCCUGUCGCAAUCCGUACGAGACGGACGGCUUGCCGCAAUCUCUGCCCGCCGAGCUUUUGCGUUAUGUUCUGCACUCUUUUGGAGAUGAAUGUCCACCUUCCCACGUCACCGCGGAUGAUGUGUCGGUGCCUGUCGGGCGCCCGAGGUCGACUACAUCUCGGGACUCAACUGGUGCGGGGCCGUAG